UGAAUGCACGGAGACCAACGCGCUUCCCUUCGAUCUCAUUUCCGUGUAACGAUAACCACCGUACACCGCCGUAACAGAAUCCUUCGUCCGCCGUUGGUUUGUUUAAUCUUCUUCUUCUCGUUCCUUUUUGUUUUACUCUUAGCUAUUUAAACUUUCAAUCCAUAUUUUUCUUCACUCUUAGCGACAUUGUUGACUCUGCGAUUCACUCAUGGAUACAUACCGAAGAAACUCAACUACUCCACCAAAUGCAUCACUCUCCGGUGGAAAUGGAGUCUGUUUGAUGAGAAGUUCAUGGAAAGAGGAUCAACGUUCAUCCUUUAUUGAUUUUAUCUCCGCUUUCCUCUCUGCAAAUUCCUUUCGCCUUAUUUUUGUGCCAAUUGCUCCGGAUUUUAUUUUCAAUUGCGGGGGUUUGUCUGUGGCUUUCAUUUUUGUGACAAACUGGGACUGCAACAAUGUGGCUCCAAUCUUCAACAGGUUAAUAUGUUACUGUUUUGGAGUCAUUGCUAAUGCCAAAGAGUUUAGGCUUGAUUUGAAUUUUCUGGUGCAGAAUUCAGCAACUGAAGGCUCAGUUUUCCCGUUUUUAUGUUGUUAUCACACUUCCUGGAAAAGAGGAAAUGGAUUCAUUUAUUGAGUCAUAUUUCAAAUUUGGGAUGGUGAUUGGCAAGCCUACAUUUAUACCAGUUAAGGACUUGGAGAUGGGGUUUGAAAAGAUGGUAAAAAUUGCCCAUUCUUCUGGA